CUCCGCCUUGGUCACUUCCAUCAUUGGGAUCUCCGUCUAGACAAGCAACCUCACCACGUCACACCCACAGCUUGCAAAAUGCCGCCAAAACAAGCAAAGGCCGACUCGCGGGCCACGACCCUCCUCUUGAAGAAGCAUAAAACCACCAUCCUCCUCUCCCUCCAACCACACGAACCUCUCACGGCCGUCAAAGAAAAGCUCCUCGAAGCUUUCAAGUCGCGCAAUAUGACUGAGGUUAAUGGAGAGCCUGUUCCUUCUGACCCGACGCUUAUCGAGUUUGGUGUACCCGUGGACCGAAGUGAUCUCGAGAAAGGGUGGAACCUACUACAGUCCGACGGAGCGAAGGGAACCGCGGGAAAGAAAGCGUCCUCGGGCACCAUACUAGCUGCAGGACUUGCCAGCGGCCAUCUGGUUGCAUUCCGUUUCCGCCAAGCACGCGAUGUGCCAGCAAGCGACGACGUUGACGGAGACAUCGAGCUGAAUGAUCCUGGCUGGGAUGUGGUGACUCCAAGCUUCGACGAUGAGGAGGAAUAAAUUGCUUCGGCCUAGGGACUUUACGAAUGAUGGGCUGCAUACUACGACUGAAAAUGCUGGGUAUCGCGAGCCCAGCUUCCGGCGCAUAUGGAUAAGGGUGGCUUCUUGCUUCAUAAUCUUUUCUCGCGACACGGAGUUUACUGGCGGCUUUGGAUUCAACACGGACAAUAAAAGCAAGAGAUUACUUUCGACCUCUAAACCAUAGAUUGUACAAUACGAUUGUAUCCCAAUCUCAUGCAGCUGCGGAGAG